AAUUUGAACGCAGCUCCCGAGGGUGAGGUGGGAGGAGAAGGAAGACGGAGCCAACAUGGCGGCGGCGACUUCUACGGCCUCGGGCGGUGCCCACGGCAGGGUGAGCAAGGUGGCGAAGAGCAGGCGCUGCCCACCGGCCCGGGUGCAGGUGAGCGUCCGGCUCCGGCCCCUCCUGGGAGAAGAGGACGGGGUUGAAGGCAAGGAGGAGUCGUGCGUGAGAGGACUGGACAGUCACUCCCUCGAAGUGGCCAACUGGAGAAAUCACCAGGAGACGCUCAAGUACCAGUUCGACGCGUUUUAUGGAGAAGCCAGCUCGCAGCAGGAGGUCUACGCGGGUGCCGUGCAGCCCAUUCUGCGCCACCUCCUCGAGGGGCAGAAUGCCAGCGUGCUCGCCUACGGACCCACCGGGGCAGGGAAGACGCACACGAUGCUGGGCAGCACGGAGCAGCCCGGGGUGAUCCCCCGGGCCUUGUGGGAUCUACUACAGCUCACGCGGGACCAAGGAGCCGAGGGACGGCCCUGGGCCAUGGCCGUCUCCAUGUCCUACCUGGAAAUCUACCAGGAGAAGGUGCUGGACCUCCUGUCCCCGGCUUCUGGGGACUUGGUGAUCCGCGAGGACCGCGCGGGCAACAUUCUGGUGCCCGGCCUCACCCAAAAAACCAUCGCCUCCUUCGCUGAUUUCGAGCGGCAUUUCCUGCCGGCCAGCCGCAACCGGACGGUGGGCGCCACCCGGCUCAAUCGGCGUUCCUCCCGCAGCCACGCCGUGCUGCUGGUCAAGGUCGAGCAGCAGGAGCGCCUGGCGCCGUUCCGGAAGCGCGAGGGCAAGCUCUACCUGAUCGACCUGGCCGGCUCGGAAGACAACCGGCGCACGGGGAACCGAGGCCUGCGGCUGAAGGAGAGCGGGGCCAUCAACACCUCCCUCUUCGUGCUGGGCAAAGUGGUGGACGCGCUCCACCAGGGCCGGCCCCGCGUCCCCUACCGGGACAGUAAGCUGACCCGGAUGCUGCAGGACUCCCUGGGGGGCUCGGCCCACAGCGUUUUGAUCACCAACAUCGCCCCGGAGCGGCGCUUCUACCUGGACACCCUCACCUCGCUCAACUUCGCCGCGCGGUCCAAGGAGGUGAUCAACCGACCCUUCACCCACGAGAGCCUGCAGCCGCCCGCUUUAGCCCCCGGAAAAGCAUCCUGCAAGGACAGCCCUCCGGAGGCGAAGCGGCCACGGGGACAGCCGGAGCAGGAGGAGGGCAAGGCAAGCCCCGAGUGCACCUCUGAUCUCCCUAACUUCAGCCUUCUGCAGCAGUUGAAGUCCCUGGAUCAGGGUGUGCUGGAGCGGCUCCUAAGCUUCGAUCAACUCCUGAGAUCCCAGGGCCCCCAAAGCCCUCCCGUCCUCAAGACCCCCGGCAAGGAGCGGCUGGCGCUGCUCCGCAAAGUGGAGGAGCGCGACCGGGAGAUCAAGAGGCUGAAAGAGAAGCAGAAGGAGCUGGAAGCCAGGGUGUUGGAUCCCAAGAAGGAGCACUUCCCUUCAAGCCAACCUCAGUCCCGGCCCAGCUCCAAAACCGCCGUGGUGCUCCCCUUGCAGCAGCUGGCCCAGGUGCAGACCUCGUCCCCAAACGCCACCCUCGCCCUCCUUAAGAAGAAAGGCCAGAAGAGAAAGGUGGAGUCCCCGCAGUCGGAACGGGAAAACAAGGCCGAAGCCUGGGAGCUGCAGAUCUGCCCCAACCUCCUGGCCCUGGGCCGGGAGAAAAUCCUGGACCUGCUGAACCACGGCUCGGUCCGGGACCUGCGGAGGCUGCAGCGCAUCGGGGAGAAGAAGGCUCGGCUCAUCAUGGGGUGGAGGGAGCUGCACGGGCCCUUCACGCAGGUGGAAGACCUGGAGAAAGUGGAGGGGAUUUCCCGCAAGCAAGUGGAGUCUUUCCUGAGGGUCAACAUUAUGAGUCACGUGGCAGUCGACAGCAGCUCUCCCUGACCGAGCCGGCAGCUCCCCUCCUCCUGAUGGUUUUGUACAGUGUACCCCUCCCGCCUCGUCCGCUCAGCCUGCCUCAUGUGUUACUUUUCCAUCCUUCACACACAUUUUAAGAAACGGGUCAGUCCUACCUAAAGACAGACGUGUCGUGUCUCGUUAGGUCGUUGUGGAACUCCGUGUGACCUGUAAAUAGAUAUCUUUCCCACAGCUCGUCUCCGUCUCUUC